UUCAAAAUAAUCCGGCUGUAAAUUUUGCUUACGAGCUUUAUUUAGCUAGUUAUGGCAAUAACGAUUUCACUUUACCAAUUUUUGCUAAAAUGAGAAAGCGCAAAGGAAAAGGUUUAGCUCAACGAACUCAUGACAAAAUUAAAAAUUCAAAUUAUCGAAACAGAGAGCAUACAAUCCUUUAUGAUGAAUACACAAGCGAGGAACAAUUUAAUUGCAAGCGUGACUUGGCCAAUAAUGAAAUUGAUGAAGAAGACAAUAAUAUUCCAAUGACUCUUGGAAUGUGGGCAAGUCAUCUAAUAACACUUGAUUUUGAGCAUUGUGAUCCAAAAAAAUGUUCCGGUAAGAAACUUGCAAGAUUAGGUAUUGUGAAGCUUUUAAAAGUUUCACAUAAAUUCCGUGGAAUAGUUUUAAGUCCACAAGGACAACAAGCUAUUUCACCUGCAGAUCGAGUGAUCAUACAAGAGCAUGGUUUAGCUGUUAUUGAUUGUUCUUGGGCGAGGUUAGAUGAUGUACCGUUUGCAAAAUUAAAGACAUUUAAUGACAGAUUAUUCGCAGUGAAUCCCACAAAUUACGGUCGUCCAUGGAAGUUGAAUUGUGUUGAAGCUUUUGCUGCUUGUUUUUAUAUUACAGGUUUUCCUGAGUAUGCACAACAACUUUUGUCUAAAUUUAAAUGGGGUUGGCUCAUGCUUAACAUUAAAUUUAGCGAUUUACUUAAGAAAUAUGCCAUGUGUAAAGAUUCUGGGGAGGUCGUAAAAGUUCAGAAUGAAUGGCUAAAAGAUAUUGAAGAAGAAUAUGCUCAGGCACGCGAAAAAGACUUGGAUAAUGAUUUAGUAAUUAAAGGUUCGGAUCAGCCAAUAAUAGAGGAUGACUAA